AUGGCAGGUGUACCAGAUCAAUUGAAAACAGUUUUGUCUGAAAUUGACAACAAAACUAAAUCUAUCGGAAUUUUAAACCAAUUCCAAGCUCAAACAGGCUUACCAAGAUCAUAUGCUGUUUUGGGUGGUUUUGGUCUCUACUUUGUUCUUGUUUUCUUGAACAUUGGUGGUGUUGGUCAACUUUUAUCCAACAUUGCUGGUUUUAUUAUUCCAGGAUACUAUUCAAUUUUGGCCUUACAAACAUCAACAUCCAAAGAUGAUACUCAAUUGUUGACCUACUGGGUUGUUUUUGCCUUUUUCAAUGUCAUUGAGUUUUGGUCAAAGGCUAUUUUGUACUGGAUUCCAUUCUACUACUUGUUCAAAACCAUUUUCUUGUUGUACAUUGGUGUUCCAAGUUUCGGUGGAGCAAAUGUUGUAUACAAUGUCAUCAUUAAGCCAAUUGCUGAUAAAUAUGUGCGUCCAGUUCACGAAAGUGAUGUUGCCAGCAAGAUCAAUGAGCAAGCUGAAGGUGUUUCUACUUCUGUGCACAUUUAA